UCGCGCAAUUGCCGUUCUCCAUACCUCUAGAAAUUGACCAAUCCCCUCACGCGGAUCUGAAGCGCAGCAGCCGUGCAACAAAAUGUUUCCUCCUUUGGAAUACCUCUCCCAAGCUUGGUACAGGAUUGAAGCAGAAAUAGUCUUUGGACAGACAGCGAGUAAUACAAACGUACAUACUUCGUUUGUUCCCAGGUGUGCAUAUGUAUUGAUUCGAACCACGUUUAGGAAGGGUAUAUGAAGGGAGGGGGCAUUUCGAAGGAGUCCCGCUCAUUCCCUUGCCUUUUCCUUCACUUCUUUCACUGCCAAACAUCAUAUCUUGAACUCAGAAUAACCUGCAAUCUUCAUUGUCCGACACAAUGGCGACAUCAUUCCCACUGCAGCCUUUGGAAAUCAUGGCGAAAAAUCAUGCCAUCCUAGCCACGACUGGGUUCUUGAUUCUUCUUCCCGUCGGGGUCCUCGUCGCACGAUACGCUAGAACAUUUACUCCGGUAUGGUUCCCAGUGCACUUUGUUGUCCAAUUAUUCCUCUCCGGUCCUGUGAUCUUCGCGGCGUGGUAUUAUGGCUGGAAGACGUCCAACGUACUGGGACUCGGGCACUUCCUCGAUCCUCAUCAGAAGAUGGGCUUGGCUCUGCUGAUCCUAUACGUCCUGCAACUAUUAUUGGGGCUCUUCACGCACUUCAUCAAACUACGUAGUCCGUUUGGUCCAGGGACUAGGUCACCACAGAAUUAUUUUCAUGUCUUUUUGGGGUUGGUCAUCCUGGUCCUCGCGGCUGAACAGGUUCAUUAUGGGCUAUACAUUGAGUGGGCGUUUGCUACAGGGGGUUUGCACGUUGUUCCUAUGGCGGCGAAGAGGGCAUGGAUUGCUUUGAUCGUGAUCUUUUGGGUGCUUUACCUCGCCGGGUUGGCCUUGGUCCCAAGGCAAUUUUCGCAGGAAAAGCGCGCUAGACAUGGGACACCCACGAAGUCGGACGAAAUUGGGCUUCAGAACAAUCAUUCUGGUGAUGUUCAAUCUGCGUAGGGGUUCCUCAACUCAGUAUAGAACGAAACAUUCCUCCAGCCUAUUUGAAAUUGGAC